GCACCGGACACGCCGGACGGUGAACGCCAUUGAACAACGGGGUUACGCUGCCUGCUGAGCAGAUAUAUUAGCUGGGUGUCGUUGAAAUCUUAUAUUUGAAUUGCUCCCGCAGAAAGUAUUAUUUCUACUGUCUGCACAACAAGGUCUACUCCUUGACCAUUGAUCUAACGUUUGAGGUGUAAGAAGCAGUGUUUGUUCGCAGCUCUCCAUAAUGUCUCACACCAUUCUGUUGGUUCAACCGAGUGCCAAGGCCGAGUCACGCAGUUACUCAGACUACGAGAGUGUCAAUGAGUGCAUGGAAGGUGUGUGCAAAAUAUACGAGGAGCACCUGAAGAGGAUGAAUCCGAAUACGCCCAGCAUCACGUACGACAUCAGCCAGCUGUUCGACUUUGUCGACCAGCUCAACGACCUCUCCUGCCUAGUGUACCAGAAGAGCAGCAACACUUAUGCGCCCUACAACAAGGACUGGAUCAAGGAGAAGAUCUACAUUCUGCUCAGACGGCAGGCCUCCAAGGCCCAGUGAGCGGCAGCCGCCAACGCCCGGAUCGGCGCCGCAGCGCACGUCUCAUGUGUUUCUCAUCCUGGGAGAGGGCGGACCGAGCGGCCGUCCGCGGCUCGAUGGACGGCGGGCGGUACGUGGGGAGAGGGUGGGAGGGAGCCAGGGGGACAACUGUCCAUGUCGCAACUCCGAGUCCAAGUCAUGUCCAGAUGAUAGCGUUGUCAUUCUAAUAAACAUUUCGAGGUAAUCAUGGA